AUGAACUAUAGUCUUCCUCCCAUCACUUUCUCUCUCUCUCUCUCUCUCUCUCUCUCUCUCUCUCUCUCUCUCUCUCUUUUCUCUCUUGCUCUCACUUUCUCUUUCUAUCUACUUCCUUCUCUCUCUCUCCCACAAUCCCUUUCUCACUCUCUUUGUCUCACUUUCCCUCUCUCUUUCUCUCAUACUCCUUUUUUCCUCCCCUUCUUUCUCUCUUUUCCUAUCUCUCUUUCUUGUUCUCUUUCUCACUCUAUUUUUCUCAUUUUCCUUCUCUCCCUCUUUUUCUUGCUCUGUUUCUCUCCCACUCCCUCUGCAGGAUUCCCAGUGGUUUGGCACUCUCGGGCGGCGGUGGGAUUUCCCGGACUCUCCCGAUGUUUUACCUCCCGCCACCACAGUCGUUGCAUUGGCUAUCCGUUCCCGCCUCUGAUCUGUGACGUGGUCUUUGCUCCUGCUGUCGCUCCCUGCUUUUCUCUGGAGCCGGCUCAGAUCGCGGGAGCGACCUCACUUCGGCCACAUCUUUGGCAGCUUCACGGAACGCCUCGCUCCGUCACCAACAACAGCAACACCCCUCAUCGAUAG